AUGGCGACUGAGGAAGCUAGCGGCAGCGACCGGAAAGGACAGGAGGUCGAGACCUCCGGCACCUAUUACCAGUUGGAGGAGGUGGCGGAGCGCAGCUCCUCAAAGGAAAUAUGGCUGGUGAUCCACGGGCGAGUCUACGAUAUCACUCACUUCCUCAACGAGCAUCCUGGCGGAGUAGAGGUUCUGCUGGAACAAGCUGGUACAGAUGCAAGUGAAAGCUUCGAAGAUGUAGGCCACUCCUCUGAUGCCAGAGAAAUGCUAAAACAGUACUAUAUUGGCGAUGUCCAUCCGAAUGACCUUAAACCUGGAAGUGGUAGCAAGGACCCUUCGAAAAAUAAUACAUACAAAAGGCCCGCCCCCCGGAGCGACUCCGGCCCGGCCAGCCGCGGCUCAUUUAAACUCACUAGCGACCGUUACCGGGGGAUGGGGGAGGCCGAGCGAUUGCCGAGUACCUCCGAGCGGGACACGGAAAUACCCGAAGGGGGUCGAAAACACCCGAGGCGAGUCGGCGGAAGAGUCGGCCGCCCCAUCCUGGGCCACGCCCAAUCGGCCGCCCCAUCCUGGGCCACGCCCAAUCGGCCGCCCUAUCCUGGGCCACGACCGGUCGGCAUCACAGGCGGGGCGCCGGGGUGA